UUUACGUUAUUAAAUAAUAUAAUAAUUAAAUACGGUAUUAAUAAUAAGGAUUUAUAUAAUUUUAAUAAGACUAGUUUUAUAAUAAGCGUUAUUAUUAAGUUAAUAAUCGUUACGUAUAUUAAUAGAUAUAAGAAAAUAAAAUUCGUUUAG